GUACCGCGCGGCGCUGCAGCUAAAUGAGAAUCAGUCCAGCGUUGGUCGCCGGCAAAGCCGCACCUGACAACCCCUGACGGGAGAGAGUGAUACACAGUAGGCCCCGCGACCGAGAUUUAGUAGGGUCUAUCUGACCGCGCGCCUAUUCGUAACGGAGGGAGAGAGAUAAGGGAUGGUUCUUGCGGUGCUGCCGGUCGCACGCGUUCCGAGACCUGCAGUACCAAGUGUGAACCACUCUCCCCUCCCGUCGUUCAUCCUGACCCGAUGCUGCGGCAGCCGAGCGAACGCGGGAAGCCUGACAUACGGGACGAACCGAUGAUCGAACUGCGGAUACGUCCCUGAGUCCAUUUUCUACAUACACAGCACGCGAAAUCUGCACCAAGCUUUGUGAUACCAGUUGCGAUCGCUGGCGAUCGAGGCGCUCGACUGAUAAUCCCCUGAUCGCUCGUGACCGACGCCGUUGUCGAGGACUAAUCGCGAGAUCGGAGUGAGAGAGGGACCCGAGGGAUUCGGGAUUCGUAAGCGGGAUUCGCAGGCGAAACCAAACCAGAAGAGAUGUUCGCGCUGCCCGACGAUGCCGCGUCGUGGUACAGACUAUCCAGGCCAUAGUGCACGCAGGUUGUACCAUCCGGUACGGGAUAGCAGCGUACGACAACAUCGGGAUAUCGCUGCGUGGAGGCGGUCACGUGCCCCCGACGGAGCUAGGACGAUGCACCUGGCGAGCCCGGUGCAGGUGCGACCGGGCGAGCCCUGAGGAUUCACGAGCGCUCCGUUCCCAUCGCGCCGAGCGACUCGCCGCCGAGGAAAGCUGAUCUUCCGGGUGGUUCAGAUCGAGGUUCGUCCUCGCUCGACGCGCCUGGCAGCCACGUGUGAGGACGAGCAGACAAACGGCGGUGAGGCGGUGGUGGCGGGGAGGGAGAAAAUCGGCAACGUGGUGGAGGAAGUGGUCAUCGAGGAAGCAGCCUCGUUCAGGCACCUCCUCGAGCAAACAUGAGACGCUCGUGGACGCUUGUCGCGGCGAUAGCCCUGGCUGCCUCGGGGCUGGUAAGUGGCGGUCUCUACGAGAAGAAGUUGCUGAACGACCUGCUGGACUCGUACAACGUGCUGGAGCGGCCGGUGGGCAACGAGUCCGAACCCCUCGUGCUGAGCUUCGGCCUCACGCUCAUGCAAAUAAUCGACGUCGACGAGAAGAAUCAGUUGCUCAUCACGAAUCUCUGGCUGAAACUGGAAUGGAAUGACGUAAACAUGAGAUGGAACGUCGAGGACUACGGAGGUGUACGAGACCUCAGAAUACCGCCACAUCGACUGUGGAAACCCGACGUUCUUAUGUAUAACAGCGCCGACGAGGGCUUUGAUGGCACUUACCCGACGAACGUCGUUGUAAAGAACAAUGGGACCUGUUUGUAUGUGCCGCCCGGUAUAUUCAAGAGCACUUGCAAGAUAGACAUUACCUGGUUUCCCUUUGACGAUCAGCGCUGUGAGAUGAAAUUCGGUUCCUGGACGUACGACGGGUUUCAGUUGGAUCUGCAGCUGCAGGAUGAGGCCGGAGGUGACAUCAGCAGUUUCAUCACUAACGGCGAGUGGGAUCUGUUGGGAGUACCUGGUAAAAGAAACGAAAUCUAUUACAAGUGCUGCCCGGAACCGUAUAUAGACAUCACUUUUGUCGUCAUCAUUAGAAGACGCACACUCUACUACUUCUUCAACCUGAUCGUGCCGUGCGUCCUGAUUGCCAGCAUGGCCGUCCUCGGGUUUACCCUGCCGCCCGAUUCCGGCGAGAAACUCUCCCUCGGGGUAACCAUUCUCCUGUCCCUUACUGUGUUCUUGAAUAUGGUUGCCGAAACAAUGCCGGCGACAUCCGACGCCGUGCCGCUUUUAGGGACGUAUUUCAAUUGCAUCAUGUUUAUGGUGGCCAGUAGUGUAGUCAGCACGAUUCUUAUCUUGAACUAUCAUCAUCGAAAUGCUGAUUCCCAUGAAAUGGGUCAAUGGGUUAAAGUAAUUUUCCUAUUUUGGCUACCUCGCAUACUCCGUAUGUCAAGGCCAGGACCGGAGGAAGAGAAAGAAGUACAAAAGUCAAAAAACCCAUCUCCAGUCACAGGUGCGAGCAAAUCAUACGGCGAUCUGGAGCUGCAUCAGAGGAGCAGUAAGUCGCUUUUGGCGAACGUCCUGGAUCUGGAUGACAACGCGCUGGCGUCUCACAACAAUUUGCUGAACAAUGUGUACAGCACACCCGGACCUCAUCACGCGCACGCGAUGGGCCACGGCCAUAGUCACAUACACACGACGCCCCAUCAUCAUCAUAGCCACGCACCCACGACGCCGCAUCAUCAGCACGCGACGCCGCUACCGCAUUCAUCGUAUCCCGGUCAUCAAAUCUCGCAUACGCCGCAUCAUCAUCCACAUCCGCAAGACGCGCCAACACCGCAGGUCGAGAUGCUCCAGAACGCGUGUUUCUGCGCUCGUUAUGAGCUUGUGCUAAUCUUAAAGGAGAUUAAGAUAAUAACGAAUCAAUUGAAGAACGAGGAUGAGAACACAAAGAUCACGAACGACUGGAAGUUCGCGGCGAUGGUGAUCGAUAGGAUGUGCCUAAUCAUUUUUACUCUAUUCACCAUCAUCGCUACCAUCACCGUCCUGCUGUCAGCACCGCAUAUUAUCGUCACGUGAUUCAGAAAAGCCAGUCUGCCGCCGGUGGUUCCGGGGCCGACGAGGAUUGCGUGCCGGGCGCCGGACGCCGCCCGCGACGCUCUAACCGAGCGUCCGCCCUUAACCGGUUUCCGCCGGAUCGGGUUUAAGGGUGUUCAUCCUCGGGUUUGCACGCCGCUUCGUUUCGGAGACCUGCGCGUUAGGAAGAAAGCAAUACUGGGAGUAACUUCGUUUCUUUAUGAUACACGUAACAAUACCAAUAAAAAUGAAAAUAAUACUAUCGAUAAUGAGGAUAACGAUAAUAGUACUAAUAAUAAUUGCGUAAUAGUUACGGUAAAACUUUAUCGUAUAAUUAUCCCACGAGGACGCCUUAGCGAAACACGUUGACACACCGUUUAUAAAAGCGGCGCGAACACACGCGUGAAAACGAAGGACAUGUUACACAGGGACACGCGGGAGCGGAGCAUACGCGAGAAACACGUACACUGGUUUGUUACACGCAUCCCUGAGAGCAGUCGAUGUGACGAACACUUUGUACAGCUAAGACGGUACAUUUUGUCGUACGAGUCAAGUAAUUAGCUCCAUAAAAGAUAGAUCCAAUUACGAAUUUUCAUAGGCAUAAGUAACGAUCGAAUCAACAAGAGUAUUCGACUCUGUCCUCCGCGACUACUACUUGGGGAUGUACCACACAUACACGUACACACACGCACGUAACAUCAUGCGAGAACGAUAAUACGCACGGAACCGUGAUUUGCCAAUGAGUUAAAAAUACAUUUCUGCGGCCCAAGGUUAGUACGAUGUAGAAAUCUUCGAAUGUAUCCGAGGUUCAGUAUAUUGCUAGGUUUAAGAGACUCUUACGGCAGUCCAGACAAGUUUCGUAAUGUUUCUAUGAAUUCGCAUAAAGACUCCAAAUUCGAGAAUCCCCAAAAGCAUAAAUUUUAAAAAAUAUAAAUUUCAAAAAAUACGAAAUUGAAAUUAUAAAUGGAAAAUAAUGAAUAUAUAGUGUGCUAAAGAAACACUGAUAUAAAAAUCAAAGUUUUCAAGUGUGACUGAGAUUCUCGAGAAUAUGUAAACUGUAACUAUCCUAAAGAAAUUCGGGAAUUAAUAUAUGUCAGUUGAUGUUGGUCCUUGUCCAUGAUAAGAUGCGAGAAAGAAGCGCUCGAUAAUGCCGGCGACCAGCCCUUUUUGUCUAUACAAAACAAAAUGACAAAGGGGGAAAGAAAAGAAAACGGCAGGAAUGGAUAAAAGGACGAAGCAGGACAAGGAUUUGGGCUUUAAAGGUAAAACGCACAGGUUACUCUCAGAAUACACACGACGAACUGCCAGGGUGAUUCAAAUAAUGCCAGUGAAUUUUUCUUAUCUGUAUCAUUAGUAUGUAAAAAUCGACGACGAUUUAAUAAACAGGGGAUUUGUAUUACGAUUUAAGUGGCGGUGAACUUAAAAUACUCUUUCGAGUAGGUCGCGAGAGAGAGAGAGAGAGAGAGAGAGAGAGAGAGAAAAAGGGAUAGAGAGAGAGAUUCGAAGGAUAUUACGUAAGGAUGCAGAAAUCGAACACGUGAGAAAAAUGCGAAGGAUAGUUGUGAUUGUUCGAUAAUUUUCGCUGUGACAAAUUUAGUUUCGAGUAAUACAUUUUCUUUUAUAUUUACAAGUUCGAACUGUUGCGUUAUUAAUCCGUAUUCUCGUCACACAUUUAGUCCUAAAUUUUCUGAUCUCUGAUUUUCAUCGGGAUCGUGUAAAUACUUCGUAUUGAGUAUGUAUAUAUUAGAAUAUUAAACGGCUCUAUAUUUCAGAGAAUCAGAUAGCUGGCUUUUCAAUUUGACUCUCCGAGUUUCAUAUAAAUUAUGACAACCGAAAAAUCUCACAUUUUUUCAAUAUGAUUUUAAAUUUUAAGCAAAACAGAUAUAUUUUCCGUUGGAUGUGUGCCGAGAAAACAGAUCGUUACAUCGUACGUAUAACAUACAGGCUGUUACGCAGACGUACUUACAUUUUUUAGUGCAAACGAUCACGUACAUUUUAUUGUCUGGCACACCAAUCUUUUCCUUCUCUGUAAUGCAAUUAUUUUCUAAAUUGGAAUCAGUGUAUUAUUUAUUGAAAGACAGUGAAUAGUCUAAUUUCAGUGCUAUACUUAUAACUAUAUAGCAAUUAGUGAUAUAUGCACUAUCUUUCAGUGAUAAUACACUCUGGUCACAGUGAGAAUAAAAAGCUUCCCUUUUUAAUCAAAAUCACAGUUCCAAGUAUAACACUGCAAAUAAAUAAGAUUUCACUGAUUUAGAUAUAGAGAGUCCAGAAAUCGUUAUCGCGACAGCACUGUAAUUUCUUUCCGACAUUAACAGUCACUCUGAAGAGAGCUAGCGAAAAAAAGCAUGGCAUUUUUUAUUUCUUUUCUACUAGAAAAGAUAUGUAACUUGAAUGACUUGAAUGUCUCUCAUUCUGUUACCUUCGGAAACACUGCGGCGCAUUUCCGACACUGAAUAUCAGCGUCUACAUUAAAAUUGAAUAUAUUAUGUAAAAAUUGACAUUACAAUACUAAAUACUACGAUCAACGAGUGGGUUUAUCACGAUAAAUACAUUUUUCAUCCACAAAAAAAAUGAUACAGGGAACAUGACUUCAUUUUUAAGUACAUUCAAAAAUUUAAUACUUGUCACGUUUCCCUGCUAAUUCACGAGCCGCUCGAGAAAGUGGUAAAAAUCGCGGAAGCGACGGAGUCGAUUAGUCAUGCUAGGGAAGAAGAAAAAGCAACGUGGGAAGGCGACUGAUAAAGAAAGGAAGUUGUUAUUGCUCACGGACAGACUCGUAGGCGAACGUCGUCUCGACGAGACAUCAGGGAGACGAACUCAAGUCGUACAUUUUUUGGCCAUCGGCACUGGAUACGCGACAACCAAUCACGUUAUCUUUUAAAUAUUAUUAAAGAUUAUUAAAGUAAUGAAUCGUUGUUGACCAUGUUAUAUCAUGGAUGGGAUUACGUGUAGAAGUAUAGUAAGAAUACGAUGUUUUUUGAUCUCUAGUGCGCGGAAAAAAAGACGAAGAGAAAUAAAACAGACUAAAUCGCGUCGAAUGUGUUAAACUCGUGAGGGAUAUAGAAAUUUUUAGACGAGAAAAAUGCGCGAUUAACUAUAAGCGUCAAAUAGUUAAGAAGAAAUCGAUAAGUCGCUAAGAAAAGGAAUAAACAUGUAGUUCGAGACAUCGACGUUUUAAAUCCGACACGAUUGCCCUUUAUGCGAUAAACAUUAAUAAACGGCUCGAUUAGCCUCUAAUUGACUUGGCGAGAUAAUGACGUUACGCCUGGUCUUAUGAACCAAAUACAUGCUGAACUGAUCUAGAUAUUUAGAACUAGAACAACCAAUGCCAAAAAAAUAUAUAAAACACAUCGCGCUCUGGAAGUAGGAAGAAGGAAAAAUAAGGAAUUUACGUAAUUGGAAAACAAUAUAUUUAAUAAUUUGAAAUAUGUUUACUCUUUCUCCUAUUCUUUAGUUUUACUUUCAAAGAAUGAUUUUUGUUAGAUAUAUUUCUAUAUAUAUUCUAUACAUAUUUAUAUCAUUCCUUAAAAAAUUACGCUUUCAAGCUUACUUUUAUCAGUAUAUAAACAAUAGAAUAAGCAUCUUAUAAUUUAGAUAAGAAACUGUUUAUUCUCCUACUUCCAAGCUACAAAGUGCCGAAUAUAUCGUUUUCAAAGAAGUUAAUGAUGUAAAAUAGAGGUUUCUUAAUGCCUUUGCAAUUUUUGUCAUUAUAAGACGUCCCACUGUUUUUUAAUGUGCGUUUGCUGUAGUUCAAGUUGGUGGAAAAGUUAAAUUAUCAACGUCGUUUUUUGAAUAAAAAGAAAAAUAUAGUUAGAUUUACGUCUCGUUUUAUUAAAGUACAAUUUCUUUAAUAACAAAUGUUUUCAAAAUUACAAUUAAAUUGAUUAUUAUUAUUUUAAAUAAAAUUUUAGAGCAGAUUAAUUUUUAUUGUUAAAUUUUUUUUUAAUGAAGUCUGCUUAUUUAACCGCAAUUGUUAUGCAUGAUAUGUAGUACACGUAUCCGAUCGAUUGCGAUUAAUUAUAUCAUAAGUAUAAAAUUAAUCUAGAAGCAGCGGUGUAAAUGGAUUAAGAGUCCUAGAACAUUACGGGUAUGAAAAAAUCGUUUUAGUGAACAACGCGUAAACUUAAUAUAAUCGAGAUUUUACUAUUAGAUAGAAAAAAAUAAUUCGUACUAUGGUACGCGAUACUGCACUAUACUUGUUCUAUAAUUAUACUUAUAAAUGUGCAGUGCCAUAUAUCGCAUAUGGGAAUUUAUGUUUAAGACGGAAAAUUGCUCACUGUAAUUUGUUGUAAUAACCGCUAAUGUGUAAUAACCGCUGAUUUAUUUUGUUAUAAAGUAAUAAGCGUACACACUUACAUGUACACACACAUUUACAUAUACUUAUAUGUACAUACUAUCGCAAUCGAUAAUGAAUAUAAUCAUUCUUUUCUUUACGUUGAAAUAAUUAGACUUUCUUCACGACGAAAACUAAUGAUAACGAAAAAUGUGAGGUUUUCGAUUUCGUAAGAUAGUUUAUAUCUAGAGAAAAUGUUAAAAAAUUGUUUGGUUUUUAUAUAAAAGAAAACACUUCAUAAAUAACAAUUAUUAAAAUUCUGGAAUAAAAAAGAAAACACUUUAAAAAUAACAAUUAUGGAAAUUUAUAAAAUGAAGCUUAUAAUUAAAUAAAAUCAAUCUAGUACGUCAGAGUUUUGAAUGCGCCAAAAUCUCGUUCUCAUCAUGAUAAAAACUCGAUUAAUUUUACGACGUAUGUAUAUGCAACUUAAACGUUUACGAUUAUGCAAACAUUGUAUCAUUCAAUAUAAACUUCUUACCGCAAUUUUUGCAACACAAAAUCGUAAGAAGAAUUAUUGCCAUGAAAGAUUCUUGUGCUGAGAAAUUUCGAAUUCGUAUAAAAGUUUAAAUUGAGGCAAAACGUGACACGCGCUUGACAUGAAAAAUUUCCACCUCCUUGAACUCGAUUUGAACAUUGUGAAAACAGUACGUCGAAAAUGCAGCAAACGUACUUGAACGUGAUAUGAUGAUCUCCGCCGCUUUCAUAAUUGAAACCGAGUAUACUGAAUAGUCAUAGAGAGAAAUUUAUUAAGCAACAAAUAUAUAUAUAUAUAUAUAUAUAUAUAUAUAAUUAAAAGAGUUUCUUAAUUGGUUUAGCCUUAUAGAGGAAUAUAUAUUUUUUUAAAACAAACUUAAAAGUUGUCUUUAAAAAAUGUCUUAGAAAAAAAUAAAAAGAUUUAUAAACUUUUAAUUAUUUUUGAAUAGUAUAAAUUUACAUUAAAUACGCAAUAUUUUUAUUUAGAUAAAUUUGAAAGAACUAGUAAAUUUCUUGUAAUUUGUAAUUAUUUUUCAAUAUAUUAAUUUGUGAAAAUUAGAUGAAAGCGGCGGCAGACGAUAAAAUUUCUGUAUAAAUUGAACAAUUUGAGCGAAUGUACGAAUAAGGAAAAAAAGAGAGAAAGUGAGAGAAGAGAGAGUAAGAUGAGAGACAUUAAUGUGACUUGCGCCUUUAAAAUCGAUAACUCAGCUUAAUAUGCGCAGGGCUGUUAUAUAUACUGUAAUCUUGUAAUAAAAGAAGAAAUAAUAAUAAUGAUACCAUUAGUGAUAAUGUGAUUAACGAUAAAUGAUAAUAUUAACAUUACUACUAAUAAUAACAAUAAUAAUAUUAAAACGUAUUAACUACGAGACUCUUCGCCUGUGUACGAAAUGUUGAAAUCUCCUUUCUACGACGUUGAUGUACGAUUAAGUCAACUUCCGAACGCGAAUCGAAUCGUUUUCAAUUAAGGAGCAGUUGUGGCAAACGGAGAGGAGCAGAGAAAAAAAAAUAAAUAUACGAGUUAACUAAACGAAGGUUGAUAAGCUUAUAGGGUAUCGUAGUAGUGCAGAUGUACAGGGUGAAGACAAGAAAAUUCGGCAAAGCGAUAAGCGAUGAUUUUUCGAACGUCUCGUCCACCGAUCGCCAAGCAAAAAAAUAAUAAUAAAAUGAGAUCGAAAGCAAAUCAAAGAAUACCGAUAUCGUUAGAACGCUAUUUCCAAUUUGGACUCAAUAAUCCACUCCCGAAAUUUAGCGAUGAGCCUCGUUUCAUCGAGCCGACGCGAUACUUCCGUCGUGAUGUGGAAAUUAACCCGUUAUACCCAAACGUAAAUUUCUGUUUGGUUAUACGAGUAUCCUUAAGUACUCACGUAUUUUUUUACAUACGGGCUAUAACGAGUUAAGCCGUAUAUGCGAGUUUCAUAGCACUCUUAGCAUGUUUCACUCGACUAUUAAAUUACCCGAGCGUUUUAAGGAUUUUACCUAAGGAUUUAUCGAUAGAAAUAAUUACGAUUGCUCAUCGAUUUAUGCCUGUCGUUUAAGUGUCAAGACAAUCCCCCGAUGACUCCAAGUGGCUGACGACGAAAGCUAUUACUCUCUUCUUGAUAUAUGUAAUACUACCUCUAAUUAACGCGAGAGAGUAUCGACGGUACACUCUGUUCGCCGAGUGUAACUUAUCGUAAGGUCUAUUAUACUUAUAGCAUGCCAAAGUCUUCCGCCAGUUAGUCGCCUAGUAUAGCUGACGAGUUUUCUCGGUUGCAAGGUUUUCGCGAGAUCGUCGCAAUAAAGAUCGCCGAGUACUCGCGUGAACUGAUCCCAUUUGCACCAAUAUCGCUCAAGGGGAUUAUAAUCAAGGCUUCGACGAAAGUCGUUGCAACUGCUCGCGGCUGUUCAGCUGUUAGUAGCUCGCUGUAAUGUAAGUAAUUGAAGCUCUAGCGACAAACUCUAACACUCGUAGAUCUCUAGCACUGAAACUAGCCGCACGACGGAAAACGAAAAGGCGAAAUGGUACGAGAUCAUCGAGACUUAUUAUUAUAAUAAUUCUCCACCCGAGGAGUCGUUCGUAUUAUUUCACUUGUAAUUAAAUGCACGUACCUGCAUUCGUACAUUUUGUAUGAAUUUGCAGAAAUCGUGAUCGUGUAACUGAGGAUUUAACAAAACGUGGAUUUGAUUGAAUAAAAUUCGCGACAAUUAAAAAUCAACAUAAAAUUACUGAUUAUUACGUGGUCAACAUAUUUUACGACUUGGUCGAUCCGAUCGCGAUGAUCGACUAAUGGCGGUGCGUUUCUUAAACGCGCGUAGCUUCAAUUUCUGCUGACCUUUGGAGACAGUGUGAAUUUUUCAUAAUAAAUUAUUCACACGCACACUUUCGAUGGGAAAGCGACUUGGAGAAGUGACACUAGCAAAGAGUGAUUACUAUACUUUGUUACAUUCAGAGUGCAGGGACCGAAGCGCCGAAACUACGAAAAAAAAAAAUAUAUAGAAGCAAUUACGCUUUCUACUUUUUAAAUAGUACGUCAGACUUUGUGAAGAGGGUUAACUUUGGAUCGGUGGAGACGUUCGAAAGAUCGACGAUCCCCCUUGCCCUUCUUAUUAGACCGCUCUUUAUACAUACAUGUAUAUAACUACAUAUGCAUGGAUUAUAUAUUAUACAUACGCGACAGAGGUUUAAUUAUAUCGACGACACGUAGCGUGUAAAUCGUUGCGCUCAGCCCCCUUGUUAAAUUAAGCGAAACGAGAUAUCGUCCGCGUAAGAUAUUGCUGUCGAUUACACGAAUCGCAUCGUUCUGCUUAUCGAUCACUGUAUUAAAUUCUUGUAAUGAAUUUUUACGCGUAAAGAAAAGUGAUGCGACAGAGAACGAAAGAAAAACUAUUGUCGCAAAGUGAUGCUACGUUACUGUAAAAAUGUUACCACAUUGUGUCGAAAAAUAUCAUGUGUAUUAUAAAUCAUGCGUAAAUAAUAUAAAUACUAAGGUACUGCAAGUAAACUUUUUGAUUCGGAUAAAAUACAACGGUAGACUAAUUGUCAACACAAAGGGCAUUCUUCUGAUAUUCUUCCGAUUGGAAAGCCCGCGUAUCCAAUCUCGGCUUAAAUCGCUCUUGAUGGAACAAUCGGAGAUAUUUUCGGUAUAAAACUACGCCAUCGUAUUCGCGUUCGAUGGCUCGUGGAAACCAUCACGGCGAAAUAGCAAAAGCAAAACGACGCUUUUCGUGCCAUCGCACAGAGCGACGCGGAUUUCGAGUGUCACGUUAUCGCCAUCAAAACGUUUUGUGCCGGCGCGGCUCGGGGCAUGGUUUGCGUGUAAAAAUUCCACUGUGCCAUUGUUUGUAAAGCAUUACAAUGAUCAAUCACCCGGGUUGGACCGGUCGAUUAGCGCGAGCAAGCGAAAACAAGAAAACCAGGAUUAAUUAAGGUAUGCUCAUGCGCGUAUCUCUUUUUACAACGGUGGCGAAUUAAUUAAUUAGAUUAACUGAUUAGGUGAAGUUGUAAGUUCAAGUGCCAAAUUUUUAGCUAAUCCUUAAAGCGUAAACGAGCGCACUGUGAAACGACCGUGUACGCGAAUAGGUUUGAAUAGGAAUGUAAUUAACAUGGAGAAGAUCAAUGGCGGCGCGGAAGUAACACGUAGAAUCGAACACGAAUUAAUUCGUUGCGGGGCUCAAGGAGAAUUCGCGAAUUGUAGAUUUUAGAGGUUCCGUCAAUUUAUUUCGCUGUUACAUUUAUUUACUAAACCUGAAUACAAAAUAACAAAGACAUUCUUCGGUACUCUUUGUAAACAAUAAGUUCCUCGAGAUAAAGAUAUAAUUAAAAAAAAAAACAAAUUAAUGUCCGACAAGUAUUACAUAUGUAACAUCGGUUUGACAAGGAGCAAAUCUAAAACACGUAAACGUUUACAAAACAUUUACGUUUGUAAAUAUUUUGCAAAUGUUUUGUAAAUAUUUUACGGUUGCAAAUGUAAACAAAAGUAAUGAUUAUUUCUUUAAUACAGUUUCUUUUGAUUAUGCUUUCACAUGUGGAAUGCUACAUAAUAAGCAGGUUUAGUGCGCAAAAUUGUGGACGACAGAGAAAACAAAAUUCUGAGAUCGAGUAUCGAGGAAGUAUUACAUAUUUUGUGUUCCACGGUAAACGCGUGACCGACAGGAAAAAGAAAUAUAUAAAGAAGAAUAGAAAAAAACGCGUCACAGCCAACUGAAUUUAAAAAUAAAUUAAAAAUUUUUACAAAAGCAAAAAUGCACACACAGUUAUUUCGGCAGGCAAUUCUCGUUUCCUUUCGUUUUCAAAUCUUCGCUCAGCUAACUUACCACGCGCGAUUUCACGGAAAGCCGCGUUGUCCUGUCAAAAAAGAGAAACAACGAUUACAAAAAAAAAAAAAAUAAAUAAAGAGAAAAAGGAAUCGAGAAUUUGCGUUGGGUGGUUAGCGAAAUAGCGAAAAAGAAAUAUAGUUUCUAAAUUACCGCAAAAAAUAAUAAUAAAUAAAAGCGAAACUAUUAAGCACAUGUACCACUAAACAUAAACAAUAUAUAUAUUUAAACUAUUAAAUGCUAAAGUCAUAUUCGUAAUAAUGAAUAAAAGAAAAUGGUUAAUAAUCGAUUAACUGAAUAUUAAAGCUAGCCUGUAAUCAAUAGCGUCGUAGUUAUACUCUGACAGUAAUUAUAGGGGUGAUUCAAAGGUAGUCUAUUAGCAAUUAGGGUCGAACUUUAUCGAGAUCACUUUCUCUCUAAACUAACAAUGGAAAAAAGAUGAAGUUACAAUUAUUAUCUCUCGAUGCUAACCUAAUGAAUUUAAAGGACGUUAAAAACCGCGCUAAUGCAAUUUCAGAAAAACCGAAACUAUGUAGAGCGCGAUCUAACUUUCUUCAUUACCUAUCUAUAUCUUUAUUCCUUAUAUACUUUUAAAAGAAAGAAAUCGCCUCGUAUUGUCCAUUACGCCAGUCAUUAAGAUCGACUAUUAAGGUGCGCGUCAUCGAUCACACCACCAUCGAGAAUGCGAGGGGAGAGAAGAACGAGAAUAAAGAAAGAAUGUUACUCUGUUUCCCUAGAUCUUGGUGGGACGAUACAAUUGAACUGAACUCACCCGAUCUCACUUGACUUUCACUUAUGUCUCCGAUGUAACAGCUUGGUCCGAUUAAUAGUAAAUCCAUACCGGAGGAGAUAUAAGAGAGCGUGAAUGAAAUUUGUUAUAUUUCUACGCUGGGCUCCUUUUCGAGGCAACGUUGAUCGAUAUGAGAAUCCCUGUUAACUGGUGAGCACUGUAAUCGCCGCAUUGUAAUAUUAUUAACAUUAUUACGUUAUUAUGAAAUUGUUGAAAUAAAUGAAAUGAAAAGAA